AGGUUGCCUCAGUGCACCACCGAGUCAAUACUCCCCAGUCCCCGCAGUACACGUCUCGAUCUGGUCCUGUGCCUGGUGCGCGUUGCUUGCGUUGAGUCAUGGCUUUUCAACCUAGUGAGUGCAUGACGCUUCGGGCCAGCCAGUCUGCAUCACACACCGCCUUUGCAACAUCGCCAGUCCUCAGUCCUGCCUCAUCAUUCUCGCCCAGUGGAACUCCGCAUAAGUCUAGUCUAUAGCGGUUCGCGUGAUGGACCAGCACCUCUACACAAAGAAGGGGGCGGCGCCGAACACCGUCCUUUGGCGUCCACGGGAAGGCAGCAGCGUUGUCCUGAAGGAGAGAGACUACCAACCCUUUAACCAAAUUGUCCGUACAGUCCACAUCCCAGAUGCCCUGGCCAUCUGUGCUGUGAAUGGGAUAGUGCCGAAGCCAAUCCUGUCCCUCAGCACCCUGAAAGCCACAGUGCUUCAUCCGCAAAGAUCCCAUCCCUGCAGGAACCUUCACGUCCUGUGGUUCGGCGCCAAGCUGGAUGGGGAGGAUGAACAUGCACACGAUUGGUACGGCAAUGUUGAGUUUGCCGUCCCGAUAGAUGUUAUGAUGCUGCAAUGGAGGAACCUUUACCUGGUGGAGAUGGUGCAGGCACCCACGCAAACUAUCACACGCAUUCUGGUCACCAAUGCCGACUACUCAUCCGUCUUGCCUCCGUACGACCCUCGCACACCAGGCGGUCCGUGGCGCCUCACUCCGGACGGCCGACACGAGCGCCUGGUGGACUGCCGCCGGUACAAGAGCAAGGGUUAUAACAGGCACGGCCACACCCUUGAGUUUAUGAUUGAGGUAACACCCUUUGGGAUGAGGAAGAUCCUCGAUGAGGUGACCAUAUCCUUCAGGAACCACCACCUGGGGUUGUCUGGGGGUCCUCACGACUGCCACAGGUUUGGAAAAACUCUCACGUGCCCGACGCCCUUCACCGUGGACGAAGGCUCCCAUAUAUUCUUCAAGGAACAUCACCGCCUCAUCGGCCGCCAGCCCAUGGCCACUCCCAGGCUGUCUCCGAGCGCCGAGGCGUUCCGGCAGCGCUUCCUCGCUGCUGAGGAGAUUCCAAGAAAUGUUCUUCAAGUGCAAGCUCCUCCGCCGCUGUCGGGACAUGACUUCCCGCCACUCGGGGCACCGGGUCAAGGCAGCGUCAUCUUCAGCAAGCUGCUGCAGAAGCAGCUCCUGAACGGAGAAGUCAGGAAGCGGCGACUCGUGUUCGGGUUCGGGCAGAAGAAUGUGUUCGGCAUCAUUACGGACUCGAUAUGGAAACCCGGCAAGGAAGAGGAGGAGGAAAAGGUGAUCAUGAAGCUCCGCCGACACCGCCCCAACAAAAUGCAGCCCCCUCCCCUGCCCCACGCCCCUCCCCCCGGCUAUCCACCCAUCCCCCCACCUCCGUGCUAUCCACUCUUCCCCACACUCCCCGGCUAUCCACCCUUCCCCUCACCCCCGGGCUUUCAACUCCCUCCACCCUCGGGCCUUCCCCCCCUCCACCUCCCUCCUCCUCCCAUGUGUCAGCCGCCCAUGUACCUGCACAGCUGGGCGCCGAUGCAGCCCAUCUCUUGGCGGAGACAAAUUUAAAUCGCCUCACCCACACAUUCACACGCAACAAUUGCAGUGGGAUGUCAUACCUACAGACGUCAUGUGUGAUAGAAAUGUACAAAAUUAUAAGAAGAUAUCAAGGGGAGGCGACGCUUGGAAAUAAUCCAAAAUAUAGGAAAAGUGAUAUUUUUGGGUUUGAAAUACCAGUCUGUCUUGAUCCUUUAUUAGAUUUGUGUGAAAGUUUGUCAUUUGUGCGAUCACGGAAACACGUCCAAAAGAUGUCGUGGGCCUCUCUCUGCACCGCUUUGCUAAAGGUAUCCGAUUUAUCUGGUCUGUGUUUUCUUGUUUCGCUCGGGAACAAGAUAUAAAUCUCCGUGUGAAAUGAUGACUGCAUCAUCACCUGCCGUCGCUUGGAGCUGCGCGUGUGGCUGGAGCCUCUCCCUGUGUGUGUGUGUGUGUGUGUGUGUGUGUGUGUGUGUGUGUGUGUGUAAGAACAUAAGAAAAAGAAGUAUGCAUAUAGGCCGCUUGCCCCAUACAAGCCAGCUCCUGUAAACCUUUGGAAUGAAACCCAGAACACUAUAACGGUGUGUGUGUGUGUGUGUGUGUGUGUGUGUGUGUGUGUGUGUGUGUGUGUGCUGAGCUGGACUUGGAGGAGCACGGACGACCCGCUGCACAUAUCACCGUGAAUUCAGUUUUCUCUACGAGGCCUCUCCUUGCUGAUCCCGGGCACCGAAGGCAACACAGCCCUGUGCGGGUCACAAGGGAGCGCCUCCUCUCACGUAUCGGUUGGCCGCUGGCACUGCGUUGAUUGUAGACGCUGCUCUCCCUUUUCUUUACGGUCACGGGCACGGAUCAAGGGCUGCAAAAGUACAACAAUAAUAUAGAAAUAGAUGAACCGCCCGCGAGAUGUUGCUCGGGUAAAGAAAGAGAGAGAGAGUAAACCAGCACGUAUAUAAUCAUAUGUUUUAGUACUCCCUUGGUUCUGAGUGAAGUAUGUCUGAUACUCCACCUGCAAUGUUUAUCAAUAUAUAUCUUGGUCUGUGUGACCCCUCUGUAAUGUUUAUCAAUAUAUAUCUUGGUCUGUGUUGAAUCCUCUGUAAUGUUUAUCAAUAUAUAUCUUGGUCUGUGUGAUCCCUCUGCAAUGUUUAUCAAUAUAUAUCUUGGUCUGUGUGCUCCCUCUGCAAUGGUGGUGUCGCUGCGGCGGCGUGAAUGGCCAGGGCAGCGCCUGGAAGUGUCCUGACGCAAUAAAGUGUUGAAGUUUU